CCCAUGCCCUGACAGUGGUGGGGAGCUGGAUGAGGGAAGAGACGGAGAAGGUGGAGUGCAGGGUACAGCCAGUACAUACAUAGCGGGGUGUAGGGCUCUGAUUCUUUUUGGGCCAGGCGGCUGAGUUUAGCGGCGGUGUACCUCUUUACGAGGUAAACUGCUCUCUGGGACAGGACAGGUGUGCUAAAAGACCCGGAAUGAAAGCGGAAUAAAGGAGGUAGCGAAUAGCUUUUUGUUUGUUUGUUUGGAGGAAAAAAAAGAGAGACAGUGGGGGACUUCGCAAACGAGCCACCAAGGAGGAAACAGGCUCCGGGCCAGACGACCCGUUAGCACGGACACUGAGAGGCAAAAGAGGAGGAGGAGGAGGAAUAAGGGGAGAAAGGCUGAUAAGUGACACAGGAGAGGAGACCCAUUAUCACUAGGCAGGCAUGGCAGAUGCAGAGCUGGAUUUCCAGACUGGUGAUGCUGGGGCAUCCGCCACCUACCCCAUGCAGUGCUCUGCCCUGCGCAAAAACGGCUUUGUUGUCCUGAAAGGCCGACCCUGCAAGAUUGUCGAGAUGUCCACCUCCAAGACUGGCAAGCACGGCCACGCCAAGGUGCACUUGGUUGGCAUCGACAUAUUCUCUGGUAAGAAGUAUGAAGAUAUUUGUCCCUCCACUCACAACAUGGACGUCCCCAACAUCAAGAGAAUGGAUUACCAGCUGAUCGGGAUCCAGGAUGGCUACCUGUCUCUGCUCCAGGACAGUGGAGAGGUGAGAGAGGACCUGAAGAUCCCAGAGGGAGACCUGGGAAAGGAGAUAGAGAGCAAGCAUGAAGCCGGAGAGGAGAUCCUGAUCACCGUCCUAAAUGCAAUGGAUGAAGAAGCUGCGAUUGGCAUCAAAGCUUUGGGGAAAUAAGCCCGUGCAGGUAAAUGCAGAGCUGCAGCUGUGGCAGCACGCAGCUGUUCUCUACCCGCAACCGCCGCCCUGACCCCAGCCUGCCUGAAGACAAGUGUGUGUGCGCUUAUGAGUGUGUCUCAUGUAAAAUUAUGUAUGCGCGUGAGUUCGGUCAUUACACCACGAACCACCAGCAUGCUCCAUGCCAGUGCGAUGUGUGUGUGAAGCCAUGUACAGAUGUUGUACGUCAGUGGAGCAAGGGGAAGGCAACUCUGGACAUCAAGAUCCGAGGCUGAGGCCUUUGCUAUUAUUAAAAAUAAAUAAACAUGACCUUAUUUACAAUUAUUUACAAUUACAAAUAUGCACUAUACUGGAAAUAUCCAUGUUUUUAAAUAUGAAUGCGUGUUUUUCUCUAUAUACUUGUUUGGACUGGAUAUAUUAGUGAUGUCACUUGACAAAAUGUAACAAAUUCUGCAAAUUUUUUUUUAAAUUUAAUACUGUAUGAGGUGGUGGUUACAGAGCAGGGUGACCUGGUGGAUUUGCCUACCCCUUUAAAGAAACAGUUUCACCCCAAAUCCAAUAUGUGUUUCCACCGGUAGUGCUGUUUAUGAAUCUAGGCUGUUUAAGCGUGAGUUGGCUGGUUUUGGAGAUAUCGUACAGUGGAACUAAAUGCCCCUCUGCUUGCUGUAAAGCACUAAAAAAUAGAAAUUUAAAAAGUCAGCAGAAUCCAUGACAGUGUGUUACGUCCCCUAACACACAUCAUUGAAGGAAAGAAAGAAAAAGAAUAGAAAAAUGUUAUUACCUUUCUGUGAGCAGUUUCAUGUAGGAACUAUUUUGUUUCUCUGGAACUACAACCGUGCUGUGCAGAAGGACAUGUGGCUGUACCUGAGGUGAGACGCUCGAACUAGGGGCACCUUGUAAACACUGAUCCUCCCGCCUUGGCUUAGCUGUCAGAAGUAGCCCACUGCUAGCUAGUCAUAGCAAGCUGUUGAGCUACUGGAUACUGUUGAUUGACAUAUAUCCUAGUAGUAAAUACCUUACGUUACCAAGGCAACUGGAGUUUGUUAAAUCUAUAAAGCAAUGCACGACUGGCAGAUUUCUUCCUGUGUUGAUGCAGUUAUUAAUAAUUGGCUAAUUAGCUAUCUGCAUUCUUUCUUUCCUUGUCAACAUUUUGGUGUUUCUUAAUAUUUAGUCUUGGAUGAAAAAUAGUUAUCCGCCCACUAGACAUACUUCUUAGUUCUUCUUAGACUUUAUAACAAGAAAAAGUUAGGUCGACAAUGUUUCAUAUUAUCCUUUUGUCAAGGAAAACAAAACAUUCCCAACUGAGAGACCGAUCAGAACAACAAGAAAUAGGACACACACUGAGGAUAAAUUGAACUCCUGAUCUCUCACUCGGUGGUUGAUUUAUUUUCCUACUGAGCUAACAGAUAAAACAAUGAGGCAAUUACAUCACAGGGUUUUUAAUGCUAACACUGGGGGAGCACAAAAGCGGUGCUCGUAACUACAGGCCAACUGAUUUAUUGAUAAUAUGGUGAUAUGCUGGUAUUUUAUCAGCCAUUAUUAGUUAUUUUGCUAUCAGUAAAAGUAAAAGUAAAAAAGAGAUGGGAGAAACACUCUACAACCAUGUUGCGAAUGUUGAUAUUGCAAAGUGUGUCCAGCAGAGGGCACUGUUGAACUCGCAAACAGUAUGCUGCAUACUGCAAGCAGCUGAUUCGAGCAGUUUGGACAAAGCGUAAGCAAGACAGUAAACUUAAAAAUAAAAACUACGUUGAUAAACUAAAAACAAUAAACCACAACAUGUUUCGUGUGUGUGAAAUAAAAAAAAUUGGUCGAUAUAUUGAAAUAUCGGAUUUUUAAGACACCAAGUAUCAGUAUCAGUUUUAACAGUCCAGCUAAGCGAAGUUCACCUGCAACAAACAAGACAGAAUGUACUUGUAGAGAAAUGUAAUUAAAAUAAAAUAAAUAAUAAUUAUCUGUGUGCGUGGAGUAGACUUUGUGUAGCGGUGUCUACACGGCCACCUUGUAGCCAAAACAAAGCAGACACUAAGCUGCUUCGCUGCAGUAAUAUGAUCUGCAUUCUUGCUUUGAAUUAAGGGAACUCCAUUCUUCGUGGAAACAUCAACAUGUUGCCGUCACACCGUGAUCAGGUUUGACUGCAAACACAGCAUGCUUCGUGGGUCGCAGUGUUCAAAUUGGAACCUCAGAAAAUAGUCCGUGCAUUAAACUGCUCACAUCGAGGCUUGUUGACUUUUUUUACGCAUAGCCAGGUCAUAAUUUCUGUUCAGAUACUUUACUGCUGGCUUAUAUAAAUACAUUAUUUUGGCACUAUGAUCAUUACAUUCAGGUCAUCUCUACAGCCAGGACUGGGCAACUCAUGCCAGAACAAUCUAGAUGGAUAAAAAACACCACAAACCCGAGGAAAACAUAUACAAGUUUGUCAAACUUGUGUUUCACGGUAACACUAUUAAGAGCAUGUGUAUCAUUCUUAUGUAGAAAUAUAAAUGAAAAGCUGAAAGUUAAUAUUGUAAUAUUUGAUCAGUGUUUAUCUUUUUCCUGUGGGUUACACUUUAUUUUACAGCCUGUUACUUCCUGUGUUUCUUAAGAAGCAGCUCGCAGCCCUGUUGUAAUUGUCGGGUCAAACCUGUUUUAUGCACUUUCUUUCCUGUAAUUCGCCUCCACACUGUGGGCUGUAGAAUAAAGUCACUGUUUUUUGUGCAAUGUUUCCUCUGCAGAGGCCAGUUAAACCAUCUCAUUAAAGUACAUCUCUAAGGACAUA